CGGAUCAACUCUAGCAGGCUACGAUCCGCGCGGACUAGAGCGCGCAGGGACGUGGGUGAGUGGGUGGAGGCGGAGUGAUCCAGCCUUCCUCUAGCGCACCACUCGACUCUUCCUCCUCCUCCUGUAAUCCGAGAGCGCUCUCGGACCUGCGACCACACGGUCACAGGACGCCGACGAGAGAAGGCGAGACGUCGGCCGGAGACGACACGACACGGAUUUCUCCACGCACGUCCAUAAGGAUUUAACGCUUUCGUGUUUGAGGCUUUAAACGUGUUUGAGGGGUUUUCUGGAGCGCACGCGUAUUACCCACACAUGCAUUCCUCGAUCAUUUCUACGAGCUUUGGGUCAUGAUCACAUCGCCCACGGUGUCUGUCCUGAGACAUAGCACCAAUCCAGCGUGGGAGAGCCGCUCCUCGUCCGGGGAGAGAGGCGCACCGAGCCCCGCCAGCCGUCCGUACUCGCACCGCAACAACACCGCCUUCUCUCCCGCAGACCCGCUCCGUCAAGCCGGUCGUCUGCCCAUCAAGCUGCUGAAAAUGCUCACGGCCCGGGCGGGACACAUUAUGCACCCGGAGUAUCUCCAGCCGCUGCCGUCCACCCCGAUCAGCCCCAUCGAGCUGGAUGCCAAGAAAAGUCCACUGGCGCUUUUGGCCCAAACGUGCUCCCAAAUCGGCAAGCCGGACCCUCCGGCUUCGUCCAAGCUCUCCUCCGUGGCCUCCGGCGGUGACAAGGACAGCAAGGGCGGGCCUCUGAAGAUCAGCGACAUCGGCGGUGACGACAAGUCGAGCUUCAAGCCGUACGCGAAGUCGUCGUCGGACACCAAAAAGGAGUCGAGCCAAAGUGGAGAUAAGAACGGUUUCCGGGUGCCGAGCGCCACCUGCCCGCCAUUCACGCCCAGGACAGGCAGCCCCAGCGCGAGCCCUGGCUCUUGCGCUUCCGCCUCUGCCUCGCCGCUGCCGUGCGAGGGCAAAGCGGCAGACAAGGACGACAAAAAGGAGUGCGAGCGCAAUAAAAACACGUCCUCGCCGGAGAGUAACGUCAGCCACAGGACAAGUGGAAUUAGCCCCGAUGGCAGCCAGGAGGGCACCCCCGGCUCCAAGGCCGUCACGUCGGACUCGCCGUCCGUCACCUCUUCGGUGCUCGGCUCCGGGCUUGUGGUGGCACCCGUUUCCCCGUACAAGCCCGGCCACACGGUGUUCCCCCUGCCGCCUGCUGGCAUUUCAUACCCCGGGACUUUAGCAGGUGCUUAUGCUGGUUAUCCUCAGCCGUUCCUGCCUCACGGCAUGAGCCUGGAGCACGCCAAGUCAAGCAGUCAGCUCCUGAGCGCGCAGUUCGCGGCGUGCAGCAAGGCCGGAACGAGCCCCCUGGCCGGGGCGUCCCCUCCCUCUCUCAUGUCCGCCAGCUUGUGUCGGGACCCAUACUGCCUCAGUUACCACUGCACCAGCCAUUUGUCGGCGGCCUCGGGCGCCAACUGCGCACACGACGCCGCCUCUGCCCUCAAAUCUGGAUACCCCCUCAUGUACUCUGCGCACCCGCUGCACGGCGUGCCUUCCUCGACGCCGUCAUUCGGCGGACACCCGCUUUAUCCUUACGGCUUCGUGCUGCCAAACGACCCGCUGCCGCACGUCUGCAACUGGGUGUCGGCGAACGGCGCGUGCGAUAAGCGCUUCUCCAGCUCCGAGGAGCUGCUUGGCCACCUGCGGACUCAUACGGCCUUCGCGGCCGGCUCGGAGAAGCUGCUCGCCGGAUACCCGGGCUCGUCAUCGCUGGCCGCCGCCAUGGCCUGCCACAUGCACAUGCCCUCCAGCGGCAGCCCCGCCAGCCCCGGCGCCCUCGCCCUGCGCGGCCCGCAUCACCCGCUCGGACUCGGCAGCCGUUAUCACCCGUACUCCAAGAGCCCCCUGCCAGCCCCGGGAGCCCCGGUGCCGGUGCCUGCGGCCACCGGACCUUAUUACUCCCCGUACGCCUUGUAUGGACAAAGACUGACCACAGCAUCGGCUUUGGGCUACCAGUAGAGACAAUUCAAACUAAAAACAAAAAUAUAUAUAUACAUUUAUAAAGGAGAUUUAGGCCCAAUGAAUUUUAUAUGUACUUCAUGCAGGGACUGGAUCCGUGUGGGGAUCAGUGUAUUUAUUUGAGAUAGCUUCAAGCGUGAAAUAAAAAAAUAAAAAAGAAUUAUAAUAUAACUUGCAAAAGCGUCCAUGUGCAUUAUUUGGGAGACCCCAGACCCAUAGGUAUUUUAAAAAAAAAACACACACACAAAAAAAACAACAACAAAAAAACCCGAAAGAAAUCAGGCCUUGAGGGUUGUCUUACACUGUGAUGGAUGAGGAAGACCAAUCAGCAGCUUCUUCACAAUUACCAUUGAUUUAUUCAUUGGUUGUGUGGGCUGGGUGCUUAAUAAAAACCAUAUGCGUUAUUCAAACUUUUAAGAAAUGUACUAGUUAAAUAUUUUUCCUUUUAAUAGCCAAAGGCCUUUGUUAAUAUUAUACUUUUUAAAAUUAAAAUAGGAGUGUCUUAACGAUGUGCAAUAUUUAAACACUUGCAUUAAAACUUCAGUAUCAUGUUCUUGUUGAAACUGAAAAUGGACUUAAAUUUCUGCUUUUUAAAAAUGCAAAUUCUGAAUAUACAUGCAUAAAACUACUUUAAAUGUGUAUUUUUUUAUACUUGUGUAAAGAAAACUCCAUUUGACUGAAUUGAAAGUGUCAGGAAUGGGUUUUUGGGCUGAAAUUAGAAGAUGCAUGAAAUCUAGCCACAUGGCAUUUAAUCUAAUGACAUGUUGACAAAGAACGUCACAGUGAUUCAACAUCAAAUGUGUUGAAAAACCGAACACAUAUUUUUGAUAUGCACUUUUUGCAAUCCCUGCCUGCAGAGUAUCUGAAUGAUGCAACUUCCUGUGAAUGUGACUUGUGAAAAAUUCCCAAUUUUUUAGAGGGGGUGUUAGGCGAACCAGAAAAACCCUGGGACACAAUUUAAGUGUGAAUUUAAGAUGAUGUGUUUGUUUACGUUUAUGAAAGCAAAAAAAAACAAAACUUUUUUUCCUCUAACAGUUCAUUUAGUUAGGAUAGGGGCCAACACAAUCAUGUAAGAAAAUAAUACAUAGUAUUUCCUAUAGUAAAAUAAUCCAUAUACUGCAUGUUUAUUUGUUUAUAAGGCAAGUCAUGCAACAUUAUACUUAAUUUCUUAAGAGUAAUCAAAAACAGCUAUUAUAUUUGGAAAGGAAGCCAUUUUCCAUUGUAUUCAGCACUUAAUUUGCCCCAGAGUUAUACAAUGUUUUUUAUUGUCUAUUUUGAGUACUUGUGUUUAUGUAUUAUGAAAACAGCUCCUCUGAGGUUUUGUCUGAUUUUAGAACUGCAUGGCGGACCAGAUUGUGUGCAUUUCCUGGCCCACAAAAGCCAUAGUACGUUUUUCACCUCUGCUUUUGCUUGUGAAUUUUUUUGUAUGGUUCAUGACUCAUGUGUGCAUGCCAAAAUCGGUCAAUUUAAAAGAGUUAAACUUCAAUCGUUCACUGCCAUUGACAGUGCUAAACGUCCAAUCCAUUUGAACUGGAAAUGACUUGCAGCAAUUUGUCAGAGGAUUGGACGUCUAUUGCCGUAAAUAGCACAAACAUGAUUUGAAUUCGCAACUUGUAGCAAUUUUUGGAUGAGAUAGUUUUUGUCAUUCACUAACCUGCUUGAUCUAGUUGUGUCUUGUUUCCAAGGAACUGGUUGGAGUGAGUUUAGACGCUUCAUUUAGAAUAGCACUCCUUUGCCGCCAUCUUGUGGCAUCUAAAGAAAUUACAGUACAGUUAAAAAGAGCUCGAUUGCGUCACAUAUAUGGUAAAACCAUAGUAUACACACAUCAAUUUUAAAAUUAUGUGAUGCUUAAUAUUAUGUUUGCCACUCCUGAUUGCAAAACAGACAAAAAACACAAGAUGAAUCGUCCAUAUAUUUAAUUUUUCUUAGUGUUUACACUUUAUUUUUCUUCUAUGCUUUUGUGUCUUCUGUCCAAUUUGCAUUUAUCUAAAAUCCUUUGUGCAGCUGCGGUUGUUCUUAAAGUUCUAUAAAAAUAAAACUGAGUUGAGUAGCAAAUAUUUUAGUUAAGAAACAUCUGAGGGCAUUUGCUAACUUUGAUCACAAGGGAACAAAAAUGUAGAAAUGAGGCCCGAUUGUCAAUAUGCGUCUAUAUCCUGCUGAUUUAUCCUAAAGAGUAAACUGUUGCUUGAUGGCUGUAUCAUCAUUUUCCUCUCACAUAUUUCCUCAGGGGACUUUAGAAGGACUAAAAUGGCUUCAGAUAGCGUUUCCAAGCGCUGUCCUUAAUUCAACUAAAGUCAUAUGAUUUAUUUAAUAAUAAUAAUUGCACGCACACAGUUCACUACUGUUCAGUAUGGCAACCUUGUUGUUUUGACUCAAAAUGAGAUGCUUUAUUUGGGCGUUGAUGUUCAGAGUAGAUAUGAUUCAUCAUGUCUAUUGCUCUUCAUCAUUACUUUAGGCACUGGGGACACCACAUUAUUGACUUUUCAUGACUUUAAUAGGUGUCCUUCUGUUGGAAGUAACACAAUAAUGCCAAAGAUAAAACUGAAAUUAUAUCAGCUGUAUUAUUAAAAUGUUGUUGUUUCAAGUGUCU